CCAAGCUAAUUAAACAUGGUCCAAGCCAUCAUGCCAUGUCUAUGACAAUGGUCAAUCUCCCUUCUAUUUUUGCCACAAUUAGCUUUCUUUUCUUCAUGGCCAUUGUCAACAAAUCCUUCUCAACACCAAGAACACUUGGCAAUCCAGCUCCAGCUCUAGCUCCAGCUCCAACCCAUAAUCAUCACUAUCACAGCCACCCCAAAAUUACAUUCCUAAUGCAAAAUGUCCUAAAUGUUACUCGCCCUUCACAAAAGCCUGCAACAACUGAGUUCAGCAGUCUAAUACCAUUUCCUAAACCUUUAGGCUAUUUUCCUCCCAAUGGAGGCAUCCCCUUACCUCAAUCCAAUCCCACUGUUCCAAUCACUGGACUACCGACACAUACGUUUGAUUUUUCGGACAUGGGUCUACCGUUUCCGGCUAGGGCUACCCUACCAGAAUUGGAAUAUGGAAGUGUGACAGAAAUUGAUGAACAUUUAUUUGAAGGAACAACAUAUGGCUCUUCAGUAGUUGGAAAAGCACAAGGGAUUUUUGUUGGGAGCUCAGAAGAUGGAACUAGCCAUAUGGUAGCAAUGACAGCACAUUUUGGAUGGGGUGAGUUUAAGGAUGGAGUGAAAUUUUUUGGAGUGUACAAGAAAGAUGUGACUGAGUCUCAUAUUGCAGUAAUUGGUGGUGUUGGGAAAUAUGAUGGUGCUAAUGGCUAUGCAGUAAUAAAGGCUGCAGGGGACGAAAGCAGAACCAAGAAACUCCUAUCGUUUAAUGUUUAUCUAAGUUAGACAAAACCAUUUACUCGAAAAAUGUCAAGAAUAUUAUAUACGAUUGUUAUAAGGAGCUAAUAGUCUCUCCUUUCUCUCUUGUUUUAACUUGAAGAACUUUACAUAAACAUGUAGCCACCUUCUUCCAUUUGUUCUCCCAAGAUUCUAACUGUAAUAAAUAAUUGAAUCAGUCUUGACUCUUGCUCUUCAA